AUGGUUUACCAGUAUGUUCUUGGUGGGGUCUUGGUUUCUCUGCUGGGCUCUGUUUUUUUCAUGAUCAUAAACAGUACUCUGAGCGGAAAGAAGAAGGCCGAAGAUGUCUCAGAGGAUGUUAAUGGAAAUGGGUUUGUCCGGACGCAGCCGGCUAACGGUGGUUGCCUGCCGGAGAUUGAGAAGAGUACGGACGUUGUCAUUGUCGGCGCCGGAGUUGCUGGUGCUGCUCUUGCUUACACUCUUGGGAAGGAAGGACGCCGUGUACAUGUGAUUGAAAGAGACUUGAGUGAGCCAGACAGAAUUGUUGGUGAACUAUUGCAGCCUGGAGGCUAUCUUAAAUUGAUUGAGUUGGGUCUUGAGGAUUGUGCAAAUGAGUCCAUUGAUGCUCAGAAAGUGUUUGGUUAUGCUCUUUACAAGAAUGGGAAUGACACCAAACUGUCUUAUCCCUUGGAAAACUAUUCUUCAGAUAUUGCCGGGAGAAGUUUCCACAACGGGCGUUUCAUCCAGAGAAUGCGCGAAAGAGUUGCAACUCUUCCAAAUGUGACUUUGGAACAAGGAACAGUGACAACCCUACUUGAAGAAAAGGGCAUCAUCAAGGGUGUGAUGUACAAGAACAAGGCUGGGGAGGAGAUGAGAUCAUAUGCUCCACUAACAAUCGUAUGCGAUGGCUGCUUUUCGAAUCUGCGCCGCAAUCUCUGUACUCCAAAGGUUGAUAGUCCUUCUUGCUUUGUUGGUUUGAUCUUGGAGAACUGUGACCUUCCUCAUGCAAACCAUGGACAUGUGAUCUUGGGAGACCCUUCACCCAUCUUGUUUUACCCUAUCAGUAGCACUGAGAUUCGUUGUUUGGUCGAUGUACCUGGCACAAAAGUACCUUCAGUAGCUAAUGGUGAUAUGGCCAAGUACUUGAAAACUGUGGUGGCUCCUCAGGUUCCCCCUCAGCUCUUAAAGGCUUUUCUAGCAGCAGUUGAGAAAGGAAACAUCAGAACAAUGCAAAACAAGAGCAUGCCUGCCACUCCUCUUCCCACUCCCGGUGCACUUUUAUUGGGGGAUUCAUUCAACAUGAGACAUCCUUUAACCGGAGGAGGAAUGACUGUUGCUCUUUCAGACAUUGUACUUCUAAGGGAUCUUCUCAGACCCCUAACCGAUCUCACUGAUGCACCUGCUUUGUGCGAAUAUCUCGAAUCAUUCUACACACUGCGCAAGCCUGUGUCAUCUACCAUAAACACAUUGGCCGGUGCCUUGUACAAGGUGUUUUGUGCAUCACCUGACCCAGCAAGACAAGAAAUGCGAGAUGCAUGUUUUGACUAUUUGAGCCUGGGAGGCAUCUGCUCGUAUGGACCUGUAUCUCUGCUCUCCGGUCUUAACCCUCGUCCGAUGCACUUGUUUCUCCAUUUCUUUGCCGUGGCUGUCUAUGGAGUUGGCCGCCUAAUGAUUCCAUUCCCUACCCCGCAACGCAUGUGGCUCGGGACUAGAUUGAUCUUGGGUGCAUCAGGAAUCAUAUUCCCCAUCAUUAAGGGUGAAGGAGUUCGACAAAUGUUCUUCCCUGCAACAAUCCCAGCAUACUACAGAGCUCCUCCUCCUCUAGAAAACAAGCUAAAAGCAUUUUGA